GAGCAUGGAGCCCCAAGAGCUGUCCCCGGCCCUGCUGCACCCGCCGGUCACUGUGGUGGCCACCCUGGGCGAGCUGCUGGCCACCCUGCCCAGGCUGGACGAGAUGAAGAUGCUCGUGUCCCCAUUGCGCCUGUACUCGGACCUGAAGAAAUUUUGCAAGGAUCUCCGGGCCACCCUGUACCGCAUUAAUGGCACCUGGUGGCAUCGCAGUGUCACCUGUGAUGGUGAUGAGCCUCCGACCUCCCUGAGCCGCGCCCUGGCUGCCUACGAGAGCACCCCAUGGACCACCUGGUUCCACGUGACAGUGGAGGCCUGGCACUGGCACGAGUUGGUGGAUGCUCUUGUGGACAGCUGGGCCCAGCAGGCCGGGGCGGCCACCAAGCUCCGCAACACCUGCAGGGAGGUGGCCACUGAGGCAGGAUAUAGAAUGGCCACCGCCUGGGCCAGGCGGCUGCAGGACAAGGCUGCCCAUGAUGGGACAGCUCAGGAAAACAUGGUGGAGCUGGGUCAGGCCCUGGGCAGGCAGGAGGGGGCCGAGGUGGUGGCCAGGCAUGAAGCUCAGGUGAGGAGAGAGGCCAGGGUGGCUAUCAACAAGGCAACAAGGGCCACCACGGUGAGACAGCGGGCGGAGGCGGCCCUGGGGCUGCUGGAGCGCUUGGUGGCCGCGUGUCACGAAGCCACUGCGCUCCCCCAGGCGCUGCAGCGCCUGCUCAGGAAGGCAACAAGGGCCACCACGGUGAGACAGCGGGUGGAGGUGGCCCUGGGGCUGCUGGAGCGCUUGGUGGCCGCGUGUGACGAAGCCACCGCCCUCCCCCGGGAGCUGCAGCGCAGGGUUGGGGACAUCAAAGCCGCCCUGGAUGGAACAAAUGAAGCAUCCCCCAAUGUCCCUGAGGACUUGGUUGCCAAGGUGGCCGUGGCUGAGCGGCUGUGGGAGGCCAACGCCCGCCUGGCUAAGGAUCAUCUGGAGGGGACACUUGAUGACACCAUCAACCUGUAUUUCAGUUGUGGUCCCAACACCGCCUGUGGGGUGGCCAAGCGGUGCCAAAGAGCCACUGAGGGCAUUUCAAGGCUCCUUCGACCCCCAGAGUGCCCUCAAGGUGUCUCCAAGGAUUCACCAGUGAACAUGGAGCUUCAAGAGCUGUCCCCAGCCCUGCUGCAGCCACAGAUCACCGUGGUGGCCAUCCUGGGCGAGCUGCUGGCCACCCUGCCCAGUCUGGACGAGAUGAUGCUGCUGUUCCUAAGGUGCCUGUACUGGGACCUGGAGGAAUUUAUCAGGGAUCUCCGGGCCACUCUGUACUGCACUGAUGACAUCUGGUGGCACCGCAAUGUCACCUCUGGUGAUGAUGACCCUCCGACCCCCCUGAGGCGGGCCUUGGCCACCUGUGAGAGCACCCCAUGGACCCCCCAGAACCAUGUGACACUGGUGGCCAGCGAGUGGCAGGGGUCGGUGGCUGUGCUUGUGAACAGCUGGGCCGAGCUGGUCAGGGCAGCCACCGAGCUCCACAAUGCCUGCAGGGAGGUGGUCACAGAGGCAUCCGACAGGGAGGCCACCAGCACCGCCCGGGCCACGAAGCUGCAGGACAAGGCUGCCCGUGAUGGGACAGCUCAGGAAAACAUGGUGGAGCUGGGUCAGGGCCCAGGUGAGGAGGAGGGGGCCGCAGUGGUGGCCAGGCAUGAAGCCUGGGUGAGAGAAGAGGCCAGGAUGGCUGCCAGCUGGGCAGCAAGGGACACCAAGAUGAGACAGCGGGCGGAGGCGGCCCUGGGGCUGCUGCAGCGCUUGGUGGCCGCGUGUGACGAAGCCACCGCCUUCCCCCGGGAGCUGCAGCGCAGGGUUGGGGACAUCGUGGCUGCCGUGAAGGGGACAAAUGAGGUAUCCCCAAAUGUCCCUGAGGACUUGGUGGCCAAGGUGGCUGUGACUGAGUGGCUGUGGGAGGCCAACGUCCGGCUGGCCAAGGAUCAUCUGGGAGGAACACUUGAGGACAUAAUCGACUGCUAUUUCCGCUGUGGUCCCGACAGCCCCCGCUGCCACAGGGUGGCCGAGCGGUGCCGAAGAGCCACCGAGGACAUCCCAAGGCUCCUUCAAGCCCCGGAGCGUCCCCAGAGUGUCCCCAAGCUGUCCUCAGUGAGCAUGGAGCUCCAAGAGUUGUCCCCGGCCUUGCUGCAGCCACAGGUUACUGUGGUGGCCAUCCUGGGUGAGCUGCUGGCCACCCUGCCCAGGGUGGAUGAGAUGAUGCGGCUGCUCAUGUCCCCAACAUGCCUGUACUGGGACCUGGAGGAAUUCACCAAGGAGUUCCAGGACACCCUGUACCGCAUUGAUGACACCUGGUGGUACCGCAAUGUCAUCUUUGAUGAUGAUGAUGACCCUCCUACCAGCAUAAUCCAAGCCCUGGCUGCGUGGAAGAACAUCCCAUGGACAACCCAGGUCCAUGUAAGAUUGACAGCCUGCCACUGGCACAGGUCGGUGUCUGGGCUUGUUAACGGCUGGGCCCAGCGGGCCAGGGCAGCCACCAAGCUCCGCAACACCUGCAGGAGGGUGGUCAAUGAGGUGGCCCACAGGGAGGCUACCUCCCAGGCCAGGGAGCUGCAGGAGGAGGCUGCCCGUGAUGGGACAGCUCACGAAAACAUGGCGGAGCUGGGUGAGACCCCAGGUGCAGAGGAGGGGGCAGAGGUGGUGGCUGGGCAUAAAGCCGAGGUGAGGGAAGAGGCCAGGGAGGCUGCCAGCGAGGCAACCACAGCCACCAGGGUGACACAGCGGCUGGAGGCGGCCCUGGGACUGCUGGAGCGCUUGGUGGCCGCGUGUGACGAAGCCACCGCCCUCCCCCGGGAGCUGCAGCAUCUGCUCAAGGACAUCAAGGCUGCCCUGGAGGGGAUAAAUGUGGCAUCCCCCGAUGUCCCUGAAGACUUGGUGCCCAAAGUGGCCAUGGCCGAGCGGCUGUUGGAGGCCAACGCCCACCUGGCCAAGAAUCACCUGCUGGGGACAGUUGACAGCAUCAUCGAGUUCUAUUUCACUGGUCGUCCCGCCAGCCCCAGUGGCUGUGGAGUGGCCGAGCGGUGCCGAAGAGCCACCGAGGACAUCCCAAGGCUCCUUCGACCCCCGGAGUGUCCCCAGAGCAUCCCCGAGGUGUCCCCAGUCAGCAUGGAGCCACGAGAGGUGUCCCCUCCGCAUCUGCAUGCGCUGGUGGCCGUGGUGGCCACCCUGGGCGAGGUGGUGGCCACUGUGACCGGGCCACACAGGGGCAAGUUCCUGCACGAGUCCCCAGACACCCUGCAUGAGGACCUGAAGAAUGACAAAGGGACUGAGUGGCAAAGGUGA